AUGAAAGAUUCAUUGCUUUCACAAAUAUUAACGGAAGCCGAAAUAAUUGAAUUAGGCUUGAAUGAUAGUUUGAUGAGACAUUGUUCAUCUCCUUUUAUUUUAAACAAAGAACAUUAUAUACAGAUUUCCAUUUUAUAUUUGAUUACUAUAUUUCUUUUUUUUUGUGUGUAUGUAACUAUUAUUGUACUUCGCAUAGUAAACAAUAAAGUUGGAUUCACAAAUGAUAUAUUACUAGUCUUAUAUGUUUACAUUUUUGUUUUUUUUUACAUCGAUUUAAUAAUUAGUAAUGAUAUUAAAUACAGUUUAGUUCGAAAAUAUAAUAUCAAAGAAGUCAAAAAAAGAAUAUAUGAAAAAUAUCUUAGUUAUAAAAAAAAACAAAAAAAACAAAAUAUAGCCAAUCUCGAUCCUAUCAAUGCCAAACAAGAUAAUGAUAAAAAAAAACAUACAGACAAUAAACUUUUUUCAAAAGAAAAAUAUUUUAUUAUUUGUGACAAUGAACCAAAUGAAAUACCAAUCAAUGAGAAUAUAAAUGACGGUGAAGAUAAAUAUUAUAUAUUGGACGAGUUAAAAGAUGUUAACCAUGAUUUAAAUAAAGAAUUAUUGAAAUAUAUUCAAUUUGAAAAUAACAAUUAUACAAUUAAUCAUCGUAAAUUUGAUAUAUUUUUAAUUAUAGCAGGAAUUAUCAACCAAUUAAAUACGUUUUCUGAUUUAAUAUUCUUAUUUUCUAUAUAUAAUCAUAGUAAAUCUUUAUUUUAUAUUUCAUUAUUUAUAUAUAUAUACUAUUUAGUAUAUUUUAUAUUAAUAAUUAAAUAUGCUGUAGAUUUGUCUUCUACAUUAAUAAAAAUAUAUAGGAAGUCUAUACAUCGCUCAUAUAAAAAAUUUAUCAAAUACUCAAAAAAAGUUAUGUCAUAUAUAAAAAAAGUUAUGUCAUAUAUUAAAAAAAUUACACCAUAUAUUAAUAAAAUUAUAUCAUAUAUUAAUAAAAUUAUAUCAUAUAUUAAAAAAAUAAUUUACAAAUGUGUAGAAAAAUAUUUAAAAUUCAUAAUCACUAUAAGGGGUAAUACAAUAAUGCCAAAUGGAAAUGAACCAAAUUUAUUUUUGAAUAAAUACACAUGUCAUGGUAGUUGGCUUUUUUAUUAUAAAGAAAAUACUGAUAUAAGUAAUGACCUACAGGAUAUAAAAUUGAUUUAUGACACUGACUUUGAAGAUAUUCCAAAAAAAAAUUUUAAAAAAGAUAUUAAAAAAAAAUACAUUAAUAGGAGCAGACAAAUUGAAAUGAAAACACAAAGUAUGAGUAUCCCAUUUAUUGAAAAAAAUCAUAUAAAAUUAACAUCCAAAAAAAAAGAAAAAAAAAAUUAUGAAAAAGCUCUAGUUCCAAAACAUGUCCAAGCUAUUGCUGACAUGUCAAGCAUUUUAUCCUAUUAUCACAUUCUCAAUAUCUUGAAAAGUAAAUUUUUAUCAGCACACAACCUAUAUUAUCAUAUUAGCUUCACACUAAUUUUUUUCAUCUGGAAACUCCUUUAUAUGGACAUUAUAUUAUUUCUUUUAAAAUUUUACAUUUUAUUUUAUAGUGGCGAUAAAUUAACUAUAGAGAUAAUUUUAUUUAUAUCUCUAGCAAAUAUAGUGAUUUCAUAUAUAAUAAAUUUAGUUGAUAAUAAUUUAUUAAAUUACACUAAUUUUAAUUAA